AUGCCUCCGAAACCCCUUCCCUUCUUUACCACUGCAUUCUUCCUUCUUCUCCACUCUUCCCUCUUCACCCCAUCAUCAUCACUCGAUUUUAUCUUCAACGCCGACUUCAACUCCACCAACAUCCUCACCCUCGGCAACGCCACAGUCCGCCCUUCGCCGCCUUCCAUCCUUUCCCUUACCGAAGCCACCCCUUUCUCCCUCGGCAGAGCCUUCUACCCUUCUCCACUACCCACCACCACCAUAACAACGCAACCCAAUGCUUCACUCCCUUUCCACACUUCGUUCAUCUUCUCCAUCGUUCCCCCAACCAGGCCCCUUCUCCCGGGCCACGGAUUCGCCUUCCUCUUCUCCCCGUCCGCCGGAAUUCGCAGCGCCAUCUCGUCUCAGCACCUGGGUCUCUUCAAUUUGACCAACGACGGCAGCCCCAGCAACAGGGUUCUCGCGGUGGAGUUCGAUGUGUUCAUGAAUCAGGAGUUCAACGAUCUCAACGACAAUCAUGUGGGCGUCGAUGUGAACUCGCUGACUUCGAUUGCGCAGCGGGAAGCUGGGUUUUGGAGAGGGGAUGGAGGUUUCGAGGAGUUGAUGCUCAAUAGCGCGGAGAAUUACCAGGUUUGGAUCGAUUAUGUUGAUUCCAGGAUUAAUGUCACUAUGGCUAGAGCAGGGGAGGUUAGGCCACGUAGGGCUUUGAUAAGCGAAGUUCUCAAUCUCUCUGGGGUUUUCUCCGGCGAAAUGUUUGUGGGUUUUGCGGCAGCUACAGGGCAAUUGGUAGAGAGCCAUAACAUUUUAGCUUGGAGCUUUAGCAAUUCAAAUGCUUCAAUUGGGGAUGCUUUGAUUACUUCGAAUCUGCCUUCUUUUGUGCGUCCUGAUCAGAGAUCAGUGUUCAGAUCAGUAGGGUUCAUAGUUGGGACCACUGUGGUAGCUUUCGGCAUUGUUGGUGGGAUUUUGGUUUUUCUGAUUUUGAUCAGGGAAAGGAGAGGAAAGAAUAAGAAGAAGGAAGAACAAGAGGAAAUGGAAGACUGGGAAACGGAGUAUUGGCCACACAGGAUUGAUUACCGAGUCAUUUACGAAGCAACUGAUGGUUUCAAUGAAGAAAACGUAAUCGGCUGUGGAGGAAACGGUAAGGUUUACAAAGGCAAAUUAGAUGGAGGAACUGAAGUAGCUGUGAAAAAGAUCUCUCUGCAGAAUCAGUACGGCCUGAGAGAAUUCCUGGCCGAAUUAUCCAGCUUGGGCAGAUUAAAGCAUAGAAAUUUAGUCAGCAUAAGAGGCUGGUGCAAGAAGGAACAAGGCAGCUUGAUUCUAGUCUACGACUACAUGGAAAACGGAAGCUUGGACCAGAAGAUCUUCCACUCCAACAAAGAUUCUCAAUCUGUCUUGACCUGGGAACAAAGAAUGAAAAUUUUGAGAGAUGCAGCAAGUGGGAUACUGUAUUUACACGAAGGGUGGGAAGUCAAAGUCCUUCAUAGGGACAUCAAAGCAAGCAACGUGCUGCUGGACAAGGAAAUGAAUGCUAGGUUGGGUGAUUUCGGCCUGGCCAAGAUGCACAGCCACGGCCAGCUAGCCACCACCACGCAGGUGGUGGGCACGGUAGGUUACAUGGCGCCUGAAAUGAUGACAACCGGACGAGCCACGACUCAAACCGACGUGUUUGGUUUUGGGGUGCUCAUCUUGGAGGUGGUUUGUGGGAGAAGGCCGGUCGAAGAAGGGAAGCCGAGCUUGGUUGAUGAGGUGCGGAAGGUAGUGAUGGAGGGAAGGAAUGUGGUUUCUGUAGUAGAUGGAAGGGUUAGGGAGAGCAGUAGGUUUGGUGAUGAGGAAGUGAAGAGGGUAUUGCAGUUGGGAUUGAUGUGUACUUAUCGUGACCCUCGAGUUCGGCCAACGAUGAGGCAGGUGGUGAAAGCGCUGGAGAGAGGGAAUGAUGAGAGGCAGGUUGAUGCGUGGGAUGUUGAUUUGGUUGUGAGUGGAGAAGGGAAUGGAAGUAGUAGUAGUGGUGGUGUAUGGUCUGGGUAUCAGCAUGGUUUAUAUGGUGCUGAACUGCCGACUCUUGAUCAUGUUUUGCAGUCGUUCCCAUCGUCUGUUUCGCUGCUCACCUCAGAUGUUAUAGUCGAAGGCCGAUGA